GGAAAUUACCUGCUCCAUGAUUCACUAUAGAAUACUGGAAAUGGAAGUUAACAGAGAUAACACAAAAGCCACAGCGUAAACUGAUAUUUGCCCCAUUCGUAAAAUGAAAGGAUCCUUCCGUAAGGUUAAAGGAAGUUUGGAAUGUUUUUCUGCAUCAAGUACAGAUUUAUCAAAAUCCCUGUCAUGCGUGGAAUCAAUCAGAUCUCAGAAAGCCAGGAUCAAAAGAAGUCUGAGGAAACGGAAACGUGGCGACAUGAUUAAGAUGAUACGAAAAGGUUAUCUGCACUACGCCAUAUAUAUAGGCAGCGACAAGAUCGUUGAUUUAGUCGCAGAUAAUGGUGGUGACGUUAGCUCACGUAAUCUAUACGAGACUGUUGGUGACAGCGAAUGUGCGAUCGACAACUACUUGGACGAGGAGCGCAGUCCCUACAGAAAGAGGCGGGUUGUACAGCGGGCAUUGUUGUCGAUUGCGGACCAGCAUAUAUACAGCCUAAGAACAUACAACUGUGAACAUUUCGCGACGUGGUGUCGGUAUGGGUACAAAUGUUGGCAUCAGCCGUGUGAAGUGGCCGCCAUGUUUGGAGCUAUAAGUGAAUCAAGCCUUUCCUCAAGCUGAUGAACCCGUCUUUAUAUGACAAGGAUGUUAAACUCCAAUUAAAGAUGUCACAGCAGAGAUUUCAUGGAAGGGCCAAUCCUUGGAGAACGCAUGGUCGAUGGCAUCAAUAAGAAUUACGAAGAGGAA